CCUUUGCUAAUGUUACAAUAUGAUUCAUACACAAUGAAGGUUGAUUGACUACUGAAUUUAUGGCUGAGUGACAAAUGCUGUCUAGGCCCUUUUAUGAUUCAUUCUAGAACAGCUAUUUUUAUAGUAACGUUGGUAUGGGAACUAGCUAUAUCUAGCAUGAUAAAACGUACCUAAUUGAAACUGAAUUAUUGCUAAAUAAAUUCCAAUAACAACACAUCGCAUACUAUGUUUCUUUCCAGCACAUAAAUAACAUGACGCCGUUCGCGAAUUCUGUUUCCUAACAGUUAAUAUUCGCGCGUCGAACGCGCUGGACCGCUCCAGCAUGUUCAAGAUAUUCAAACGAAAAGGCGGGAAGGCCGAGCCCGACGCCCCGCGGAAACUGCCGACCGACGCCGGCGCUCCCGAGCACACCUCAGUCGACUCUCGGUCGCCCGAGAAUAGCCCAACGAACGACACGCUCAGAAAAGAUGUAGUGAACCUACUCAUACCCGAAACGAAUUACAACCAGAAGUCAGGCGUCGGCGCCAUCUUUGAAAUCAUGGCGGGGAGGAGAAAGAAAAACAAAAGAAAAACCGCGCGUACGGAGUCUUGCCGCGUGAGCCCGCAGAAAGAGACGCCCUGCAAUUUGCAACGAAGUUUGUCCGAUUGCGAUCCGACGCUAAAGGAUGACGUCGUAGCCAGAAAUACUCCGGCUCAGUCGACUGACGCAGAUCCCGCGGAGUUCGUGAAGGCGCUCGUCCUGCAAAAGUACGCCCGUCCCGAGAAACACGUGUCGCUUGUGUACGUGUCCGACGCGCCCGAUGACUCGGAGAAGCGCCACGCCGAGGCACUGCUGCGGGAGAUCGCGCGCAGCAUAGACUGCACUAUCGAUGAAAUCAAGGACAUGGGAGCCAACGACAGCAAGCAACAUGUCUACGAAUCCAUUGACGACGCACACAAAACAAACAAUAACAACUAUAAAGCCGAGCUCCAAGGUGAACUGGAGAAACUACUGGAAGAAGAACAAAACGAUAAAGUGAGCUUAGAUUCUAAAGAUGAAGAGUCGCCUGCAUUUAAAAAGAAGUCGAAUUUAAAACUGCCCAAGUCUGAUACUGAAGGCUGCUCAGAUGAUGACAGAUCCGAUUGCGGUAAAAAGCGCGUCACAUUUAGAAAACAUAUUAUUUUCGAUGACGGUGAACAGCAAACUGAUGACGAUAACUCUUCCUUUGAAUCUCUAACUUCAGAAGAAGACGAGGAGUAUCUAGAAGAUUCUUUGCCAGACAAUGACGAACUUCUAGGCGGUGUGGUUGUAUCCAGAAACGAAAAUGAAAAUAAAACAAUAAUAAACAUUAACGAAAACGAAGAACCAUUAACAAUCAAAGUUGUAGACGAUCUAAAAAUAAUCUCUAGUGAUAAUAGUGACAGUGGAUUCAUAGAUAGUGAUAAACAGGAUGACGAAACUAGUGUAGUGAAAAGUGAGAGUGAGAGCGAGGUCAGUGAGAGUGAAGAAGAAGUAAUAGAGAUAAUAGAAGAAGAAGUUAGCGUAGAGUUUGACGACACAGAAGAUGCGGAAGACGAUCAGAAAACCCUGGUGUCCCAGGAAAGCAAGUUCCAGUCGCAAGUAGCGACGCUAGCGGAACUAGCGGACACUCGCAGUGGCGAAGCGGAGCGGGCGAGGGACCUCAUAGCGGCUUACAGGAAGGAGAUAGAGCAUAGAGACCAGGAGAUCGAACAAUUAAAAUGCUCGCUAGCAUCAGCAUACAAAGAAUCCGAGCUGGUGAGACAGCGCAGCCGCUCUUUGGAGGAGGAGCUGGGAGCAGCUAGAAGCUGUUCUGCAGACUUGGCUGACCAGCUACAGAGGCGAAACGAUGAGUCCCUCCGACAGAUCCGAGCAGAAUUGGAAGACGCGCUCACACGGCGAGCAGAGCUCGAGUCGCGCGUGCUCGCGCUCGAGCGAGACCGCGAGCGACUCGAGCAGGAGAAGGCGCUGAGCGAGCAAAAGGCGCAAGAGGCUAUAGCAGCAGCCGAAGCCAGCACAGCAAAAUGGCGCACUGCGCACGAAGCAGCGCGCUCGCAGGCCGCAGCCCGAGCAGAACUCAUGCUGGCCGACUGCGAGUGGAAGAUGAGGGAGCUAGAGAAACGGGCCAGGGAGGAGGAGAAACAAAAGAAACAGCUGGCAGCAACAGUAGAAGAACUAAAAGCUGCUCCCCCCACCCCCGCCCACCUAGCCGAGCUGACCCAACUUCGAGGCCUCGUCUCAGAGCAGCAGCGAUCAGUUGAAGCCCUGACCCUGCAGCUGCAGAAGGUUGAGACCAGAGAAGAGGCGCUGAAGCUGGAGGUGCACCGCCUGAAGGAGCUCCUGGACCGGGAGAUCCGGAUUAAGGAGGAUAAGGAACAGAGACACCACCAGACAAUCCAACGCCUCGAGCAGCAACACAGCAAAGCCGUGGAAACCCUCCGCUCCGAGCACGCCACAUCAGCCGCUAUGGCGCGCGCCGCGCUCGAGCGCUCGCACGCCGAACGCACGCGCGCCGCGCUCGCGCAGCUGCGAGCGGAAGCGGAGAAAGAUGGACGCAACGCUGACCGCAAGCUUAGAGAGGUGACUACGAAGUUCGAGAGCCUAAAGGAAGAGAUGGCGACCAAACAAUCAGAAUACGAGACGGCCAUAGCCCAGGCCAACAGCAAGGCGGACUGGGAUAUCAUGCAGCUGCGCCAUCUACUGGACCGGGCUGACAUGACACACGCUAAGACUGUUGAGCGACUGCAGGAGAAAUUUGAUCAGGAGAAAGAGUCUCUGAUAGCAGAAUGGACCGAAAAACUUCGCCUAGUAGAGACCGAGGCGGCCACAGCUGCCGGCGAGGCCAAAAAACUUCUAGACGCUACUAGAAGCAGCCUCAUCGCCGAGAAGAACGACUUGCUGAACAAGAUGAGGGAUCAGCAUCGACGGGAGAUGGACGAGCAAUGGGAGCAAUUCAUGUCAGACAAGGAGAGCUGCCUCGAGCGUAUGAAGGCGGAGUGCCGUCAGGAAGGCGAGGAGGAUCGCGUCAAGAGGGAGAAGGAGCUGCUGGAGGAAAUCGCGGAAUUGAAAUCACAAAUUCAAUCGAAAAAUGUGGAUUUCGACACUCUGGCGGACAAGGCGGCGCAGUGCGGGCGCACUCUCGAAGUCACUGAGCAAGAACUCAGAGAGGCACUGUCGAGAGAGAGGGGCCUGCGAGAGAAGAGGGGGGACGAUGCCACGAAGAUGAAGCAACUAGAACGAGCGUCGAAGGACCAAGUUGAACAUCUUCAAAGGAAAUGCGCUUGCUUGAGGAAACUUUUCGACGACAUGCGCACGCGACUGUCGGCGAGGGAGCGCGUGGCCGAGCAGGAGGCCAAGGCCAAGGAGAAAGAGCUGCAUCACCUCAGGGCCGAAGUGGCUCGACUCACCAAGAUACUGGUCGAAGAGAGCUCGCCUAAGCUCGAAGCGCGCACCAGGGCGGAUGGCUGCGAGACGGAACCCAGCAACGAGUCUUUUUUAGCCGCUGCCGCGCCUCGAGCAUGUGAGACGCAACCGAAUGCGCCUCGACGAAAGGGAGGAACCCUCCGCACCCCCGAGUUCCCCCGCCGCCGCCUGCUGCUCCCCGAGCUGGCGCCGCUGCCGCCCGAGGCGCGCCGCUCCGCCGUCGAGAUCCAAAAUGGCCGCCGCCGCGCGCGCAGCGUCGACCUGCCCGCCGUGCAGGUGCCCGUGCGCAUCAAGCAGCUCGAAGAGAAGAAUAGGGAUUAACUUUAUAACAGGAAUUAAGCAAAUAGGCUAGUUUUCUACAAAUGCUCGUAGACCGGUUAUAAUGAUUAAAAAAAACCACGGCAGUGGAUAAUGAAGAAAUACUCUAAUUCAGAAGCAGGGUCUACCAAAUGCCAAUUUAACGAUCGUCAGAUCGUUAAACUGGACGCGAGCUUUUGUUCUUGAGUUGAUUAUUAAUUCACUUGACAUAAAUUAAUUUGUUCAUAGGAAGCUAGCCUAUUUCUCAUAAUGCAAAAGUACUGCCGACGAGAGUAUAUAUACAUAUUGCUUUAAAAAAAUAAGUGCUAUGUCGGCUACCAGGACCGCUUCAGUGUUUAAUAGUAAAUCAGUUAUCACACUGAUUUAAACUGUCACAAUUUUUACACAUUAUUUAUUAUAAAAUGGGACUCAAUCGGGUAUAAUUAAGUUUUAAAAUUGAGUCUUCUAGACCACGGGGACACUGCCGUCUUCAAGGUAGAUUUUAAAACUUAAUUAUACGCGAUUAGACCCGUUUUAUAAUUGAUAAUAGUUCAGUUAUUUGAACUCCUCGGUUAGACUCGACCUUUUUUUCGGUCGUCAUGUAGUGCACGAGCUUCGCCUGUAAUCUCUUUAACGCGCAAGAGUUUUCAGAUAGGCGCGUCAUGGUGAACCUUGUUGGAAUGCAAGAAGGUUAAUAUUUGGCUGUACAGCGCUUGACAGUCUUUGGCGGUUGAAAACUGAUCAAUUGUCUCUAUUCGUCUCGGUAUUGUAUUCUCUAAUUAUUUUGAUUACCUAUAGGUUGAUGUUGGUACAGGGAAAGGGGUAAAUGAAAGUAAAUGGUAAAUUGUGCAAUAUACAAGGUGCCCACGAAGAACUCGAGAGAUUUUCACCACGCAUUUCUGAGGCCAAAAGAAGGAAAAAAAAAUACAUGAGUUUAGGUUAAUUAGACAAAAAAAAAGUUUUUUUUUUUCGUUUUUUUUUUAUGAAGAAUUUGAACUUUUUUUGUAAAACCCAAUUUUUGCGAAGUGUUACUUUUCACUUUUUGACAUCUAUCAAUAAGGAUAUUUGGACUAAGUCCCAUAGUUGCAAUAUCGCCACCAAAAUGGCGUUUUGCACUAAGUAACAAUAAAUAAAAAAAUAAAAAUUGUUUAUUUCAGUCAUGUGUCCAUAUAAGUAUUAGUAAAACUUAAAAAGACUAGGUUAGUUAAUUUACAUACUAAGCAUAAUGAGAACAAAAAUGCAAAAAAAAAUGUGAAACAAUUCCAUUGGCAGAAGCAAGCAGUGAAAAUAAUUUAUUCACUACUUGGUCCUACCAAUGACCACAUCAACCCAGUAACAAUAAAAACAACAAUAAAAAGAUGUUUUUUUUAGUAAGUGACUUUAACUCUGAUAUUUAGGCGAAUUCCAAAAAAGUUUAUAUUGCAUUUUUGUCUUUAAAUAUGAUCAGAAAUAUACUGUUAAAAUCUCUCGCAAUGCUCACGGGCACCGUGUAUUAUGCUGGUGCGUUCUCUUCUAUCACCUUGAUUUUUUAUUAAUUCUCCAAACACCAAUGACUAGGCUAAUAGAGGUUAUUAGAUCAAAACUGAUUAAAGGAAUGGCCAAAUCCAUUUUGAUAUUACAUGCACCUUGAGAAAGAAAGCUGUUACACUUACCAGGUAGAGGACAGGAUGGGGUAAAAUUAGUUGGUAGGAUACGGAUUGUGCAAUAUGAAAUGCUCGUGCGUUCCCUUCUCUAGCUCUUGGCUGGCACACUACCGUGCGCCUUUAUUAGCACAAAAUUAUGUUACUAUAUAACACAAAAUGUCUUAUUGUCUUCAUUAGAAAUAAGGCUAAAAACAAAAUAACGAUCUCCAAUAUAAUUUGAUGUUCUAUGAUUUCAGCUUACGUUGUGCUCAUUUAUAAUUUUUCCUCAAAUAGGUCCCUAAUAUCUUAUAUGCCUUCUCUUCUCAAUAAUAUAAUAAUAGUUAUAUUACUAUAAUGUUCUUAACGAAAAUUAUCGACUGAAACCUGUGCAUUGGUGUGCAAUAUUUAAAUUGUAAUUAAAUUAAGUACUUAAUACUCUUUAAUGAUUAUUCAAUAGUGGUUACAUCGAAGAAAAAAGGGUAGCUCAAGUACAUACUUUUAGAAAUAAGUUACUUAAGCUUUAUAUUUAAGUGUGUGGAAACCCAACUAUUUGGUGUACGUAUAAUACUCGACUUGGCGUUAACACUACGGCACCCAUUCGAAAUCUAUAAAUAAGUUCAUAUAAAAUUUAUUUCAAUUUUACAUGUUCUAAAGCUGUCAGUUGAGAUCAGAUGACAUAAGUACAUAUAUUUUACAUACAUUUUAGAGCUCCCGCGAUAUAAGUAAAUUCUGUACUAUUAUCAUAUUGCCGUCAGCCGUCAGAUACGGUGAUAGUUAUUCAAUAUAAAACAAUUGAGAAUCUCCUAUUUAAUCUGUCACAGACUAACAUAACUAAUUCUAGGUACAGCUUACACUCAUCUAGGCUCUCCGAGACAUGUCGCGCGAGUGACUAAAAACACGUGAGUGUAAUCCGUAGAAUUAGUCUAAUUUAGCAUCUAUUUUAAAUUCAUUUUAAAAUAAAUAUUCAUUAUUAUAUAUACUCCGUUUAAAUCAUUUUAUUGAGUUAUUGCAUUUGUUAUUGCAAUGUCAAUAUAUGUUGCAAUUUCAAUUUAAAAACGAUGUUUUCGGGUUUAUGAGUUUGUUCACUCAUUUAUAAAAAUAUUUCUUAGAAUGGGUUUUCACAAAUAAUAGUCUUAACUAAACUUGUGUUAGUUUUGGACCAUAUUUAGGGUCACUCACGUAUUAAAUAUGUCUGAUAGACCUCAAAAAGUUUCGAUCCACGUCGAGAAUUUAAUCAUGAGCCAAGUGAACAAAUAGGUAACAAAGAUUUUUGUUUAAAAUAUGUAUCCAGUUAUCUUUUGUGUGUAUCGUAAGUUUCGUUUAAUGUAUGCCUCGAAAUACCAAUACUCGUAAAGUUGUAUUUACUUGUUCGUUUUGUAAAUAUUAUUUUUUAUAAAUAAAUUUUAAACAUAA